AUGACUGACAGUUCCAUCGAGUUCCCAUUAAUAUUUUUUACAAAAGUCAGUCUCGUCAGUCUAGAUUUAGUUUCGACUCGAUGUUGUUCCGUUGUUUCUAUAAAAAAUAAACAUUUUUUUCGAACACCAAAACACUAAAAAAAAGUUCAUUAAUUAGAUUAUAAAAGAAAAUUAAUUUAAAAUUUCAACAAUAAUACAAAGUUACACAAGCAAAAAGCUUUAUUAUGGCAAAUUUAAAACAGAUUCCUCUAACAUGUAGUGGACACACUAGACCCGUUGUUCAUUUGGAUUUCAGUGAUAUCAUAGAAUGUGGAUAUUUUCUAAUUUCAGCCUGCAAAGAUGGUAACCCCAUGUUGCGGCAAGGUGACACUGGCGAUUGGGUAGGCACAUUCGAAGGCCAUAAAGGUGCCGUAUGGGGAGUUGCAUUAAAUAAUAAAGCUAAUCUGGCUGCAACGGGAGCUGCCGAUUUUUCGGGUAAAGUAUGGAAUGCCAUAUCUGGAGAAGAGAUGCACAGUUUCCAGCAUAAACACAUUGUUAAAACAGUGGCUUUUGACAAUAGCAGCGAACAUUUAGUAACAGGAAGCAAUGAAAAAUUAAUCAGAGUGUUUAAUCUACAAUCUGCCAACUCAGGCGAAACAUAUUCGGGUCACACAGGUUCAAUUAGACGUGCCCUGUUUUGCCGAAACGAUAAAUAUGUGAUCAGUGCUGCCGAAGACAAGACAAUGAGACUCUGGGAUCGUUCAUCCGGCCAAGAAGUGCAACGUGUCGACUUUACGUCCAAUCCAAAUUCAUUGGAGCUGUCCCGUGACGGUAAUGUGAUUACUGUUUCUCACGGAACGAGUGUCAGCUUUUGGGAGACCGACACAUUGAGAAAGUUUAAGGAGAUCUCGAUUCCAACCCAAGUGAAUGCGGCUAGUUUGCAUCCGGAUAAGCAUAUAUUCGUGUGCGGCGGUGAUGACUUCAAAAUGUACAAAUACGAUUACAUUACUGGCAAUGAAAUCGAAUCGUUUAAAGGACAUUUCGGACCCGUUCACGCUGUGAGUUUUAGUCCUGAUGGUGAAUUAUACGCGAGCGGUUCGGAAGAUGGCACAUUACGAUUGUGGCAAACAACGGUCGGCAAAAACUACGGUUUGUGGAAGUGUACCGAACCGGGCGAAAUGACCAAUUCAGCCAUUAGUUCGGCUAGAGAAGUAUCAGCAAAUUGAGAAAUUGUGUCGUCGGAAUAAUCAUUUCAUCUCUCAUUUCCUUUUCUUUUUUGCAUCGAAUACGACUACGCGACGAUAUGAAGACAUUGUAGGAGUGCGAUUUUUUUUAAGUAUUUCUUCCUAGCAAACAGAUUCUGAAAGAUUUCGUACAUAUUGUUUCUUUUUGUAUUUUUUGAUUAAAAUUUGUUGUUUGCGCAAAUUACAA